AGCUCUCUCGAUAUAAACCUGCAUUUGGUGUUCCUGCGCUCUUCCGAGACGGACCGUCUCUGGCAGCGGUUUUUUAAACAGUUUUUCUUUCCCGCCUAAAAUGGCAACAUUGUGGACUUGUGUGUUUAUUUUAUUCAAUUGUUAUGUACUUAGUGCUAGUGAUGAAGUACAAUCGACUAUAUCAUCAGACACACCAAGAAUACCAUUCACUUGUGUAAUUGGGGCUGGUUAUUCUGGCCUAGCUGUUGCAAGGUAUAUGAAAGAGUUAGGAGUGAACUUCCGAGUGUUCGAAGCUUCUGGAAAUUUCGGUGGUCAGUGGAGGUUCGAUCCUAAUGUUGGCAAUGAUGAGUAUGGUGUUCCAAUUUUCACCAGCACCUAUAAGAAUCUUAGAACGAACACACCUCGUCAAACAAUGGAGUAUAGUGGGUUUCCUUUCCCGGAUUCAACGCCUACAUACCCAUCUAACACCUGUUUCUAUAAAUAUUUGAAGUCUUUCGUGAAACACUUCCAUUUGCUAGACCAUAUUCAAACGCACAGCUAUGUUAGAUCCGUGAAAUGGGCAGGAAAUCAUUGGGACUUCACAUACACAAAAUCAGAUGAAGGCAAAAAUUAUACAAUACCGUGUGAUUUCGUAGUUAUUGCCAAUGGUCAAUAUGUUAAAAUCAAGAUGCCUAAAGUGCCGGGACAGAAUGUAUUUAAAGGAAAAAUAAUGCACAGUCACGACUACAAGGGGCCUGAUGAGUACGUUGGAAAGAAAGUACUUUUAGUUGGCGCUGGAGCAUCUGGCUUAGAUCUCGCGACUCAUUUGUCGAAUAUCACAGAGAAAUUAGUCCACAGUCACCAUUUAAAUUAUAACCAACCAGACUUCCCCAAAACUUACAUUAAAAAACCAGACUUAAAAACAUUUUUGCCAAAUGGAGUCGUUUUCCAAGAUGGCUCGAUGGAAGAAGUUGAUGUCGUUAUAUGUUGUACAGGAUAUGAAUAUAGCCAUCCGUUCCUUGACAAAAGUGCUGGAUUAACAACUUCUGGCAAAUUUGUCUUACCACUGCACCAGCAAAUUGUGAACAUCAGACAUCCAUCCAUGACCUUCAUCGGUAUGGCCAGAAUGAUCAUCAAUAGAGUCUUAGAUGCACAGUCGGAGUACAUAGCUCGUCUAAUAGCUGGCAAGUUUAAACUGCCAUCACAGGAAGAGAUGUUGAAGAUCUGGUUACAACACGUCUAUACCCUUCAGGAUAUGAAUAAGAAGAUCGUUGAUGUUAACAUUGUUGGCAACCAAAUGGAUCAAUAUUUCGCCAACUUAACUCAAGAAGCCGGCGUAUCAAGGGCGCCCCCAGUCCUUACAGAAAUCAGAGAUUUCAAUGCAAAAUAUCGUCUAGAAGAUUUGUUAAACUACCGUGACUAUGAAUUCGAAUUGACCGAUCCGUACCAUUACAGAAAAUGGUAUAGCGGUGGUGGAAAGGGAUCUCAGUGUCCUAUUGAUAUAGAGAGAAAAUUCAAUUCUACUCCUCAGUACCAACAUCAUGUGAUCGGAAUUUCGCGUGUUGGAAAUGCAUGGAAAGUCAAACAUAAAUACGUUCCAAGUGGCGAAGUUUAUGUCGAUGAGUAUGAUUACGUCAUCAUAGGUACUGGUCAUUUUAGCGCUCCAAAUCGACCAAAUAUUAAGGGAGAAGAGAUUUUCAAAGGUACAAUAAUUCACAGUCACGACUACAGAGAACCAGAGCCCUACAAAGGACAAAAUGUGAUCAUAGUUGGCGCUGGUCCCUCCGGCGUGGACAUCACAUUAGACAUCGCUACUGUAGCUAAAACUGUUUACCACAGUCAUCACUCCAAAAUCAAAUAUACAAAAACAAAGUUUCCCAACAAUUACGUUGAGAAACCAGAUAUCGAAGAGUUCAAUGAAAAGGGUGCGUUAUUUGCUGAUGGAACUUACGAGGAUGUCGAUGCCGUCAUAUAUUGCACAGGAUAUCUAUUUGAUUAUUCGUUUUGUGACGAAAGCACCGACUUGACGUUACGACCAAAAACGGUAACGCCUUUACAUAAGUACAUGGUCAAUAUUAAUCAGCCAACAAUGAUCAUCGUUGGAUUAGUUGAGAAGGCCUGUCUUGUUACUGCACUUGAAGCUCAGGCGCGGUAUACAGCCGCUUUGAUAAAAGGAAAAUUUUCUUUACCAUCUAAAGAAGAGAUGAUGAAGGAAUGGCAAAUGAGGGCGGACAAAUGUUUGGAAAAAGGUCGAUCUUUUAAUUAUUUGCACUUUUUAGCAGAGAGCGAGGAUGAAUAUUACGAAGAGCUAUCGAAAGAAUCAGGAAUUGAAAGAGUGCCGCCUGUUAUGUUCAAAAUUCGCAGUGCAGAUAUGUUAUCGAAAGCGAACCUUUACACCUAUAGAAAUUAUUCUUAUAGAGUGAUAGAUAAUAAUACAUUUGAAAGGACAUUGGAAUGUGAUACAGAUUCUAACAAUAUCCAACAGACAGUGUAAAUGUUUAUUAUGUAUUUAUAACACCUACCAUAAUAUAUCUUAUUAAGAAAAUCGUGUAUUCAUUUAAUAUUGAUAUUAAAAUCUAUUAUAUCUAGAAGUAAGAAUUAAAGUGUAUAUUUGUUUA